GCAAAGGGGAGUUUCCAAAGUCAUCAAGUCCAUCCAACUUUACCAUUUUCGGCCAGAGACCACUGAAAAUGACUCCCAAGAAGACUGCCGCUCCCUUCCUAUGGCUUUCCUUUUGCUUUGGGAAUAUUAUUGAGGCAGUGGUGCUGGGAUCGGCGCAGUACCCCUCUGAUAACGGGCUUCACUCACAUCUGGAUGCGCGCGGUCCUGCUGAAGACAGCACGAGCUCCACAUCUGUUCAUGUUCCGUCUUACAUGAUCUCUCUGUACAGGACUCUAUCGGAACUGGACCGACGAGGAGGCAACGGCAGCCAGACGCGCACCAGGAGAUAUGCCAACACAGUGACCAGCUUCAUGGACCUGGGACAAGAUGAGCUUUCCCUGAAGUUCCAUCAGCAGUACACAUUCAACCUGUCUGGUCUCUCACGACUGGACGAACUGAUGGAGGUGGAGCUGCGGGUUCUGAGGAGGCCACCGCCCGACGUCUUGAGUUUAAUCUCCCGUGGUGGGAACCUGUACCGACUUCUCCUUCACACCUGCUCCAUCCCGGGAUCCUCUCACCAAUCUCUACUCCUCACCUCCAGGACCAUUGAUCUUCUAGGUACUGCUUCAGCCACAUGGGAUGUGUUUGACGUUGGCGCAAGCGUGAAGACCCACCUCAAGUUGCACAGGACCUUGGAAGGCAGCAGGCCACUGUGUUUCAGCAUAUCGGCCGUUUCUGAUUCAAAUAACGAGGCCGUGCAUCCCAGCAUGCUGGGUCUGAGCCACGAGGAUCAGCAGACCCAUGAAAGAGCCUUACUGGUGGCCUUUUCUCGAGCUCGGCGGAAAGAGAACCUCUUCAGGGAGAUCCGUGAGAAGAUAAAGGCCAUGAAAAGUCAUAAAUUUCCCACACGGGAGCAUGAUAUUAAAAGUCAUCCAAGACAUCGGCGGAGGAGACGGACGGCACUAGCAGGCCGUCCUGGUGUGGGACCCGUUACAGGAGGCGGCGGUGGAGGAAAGGGAGGUGGCAGACGGAGAACACGUUGCAGCCGGAAGCCGCUUCACGUGAACUUCAAGGAACUGGGUUGGGACGACUGGAUUAUUGCACCACUAGAUUACGAAGCUUAUCACUGCGAGGGUUUGUGUGACUUCCCGUUGCGCUCACACCUGGAACCGACCAACCAUGCCAUCAUCCAGACUCUCAUGAACUCCAUGGACCCAGAGUCCACCCCUCCAAGCUGUUGCGUUCCUUCUAAACUCAGUCCCAUCAGCAUCCUGUACAUUGACUCUGGGAAUAACGUAGUUUAUAAACAGUAUGAGGACAUGGUGGUGGAGAGUUGUGGGUGCAGGUAGCAAUGUGAGCGAGGGGUGACCUACCCCUGGACCCUAUACGAAAGCUGCCGCUGCCUCAUACGCAGAGGCCGAGCACUGCAUUGUGGGGCAAGACGAAGCAGUCAGAGCUGGUGAGAGGGACAGUGUGUAAAUGUGUGACAACGAGCAUGCGUGUAUGUUCAGACGGCGAUAAGACAUUGAGUUGUGUUUAUGAAGCGAGCAUAGGACGUGUGUGCCAAACGGCUCCAAAUUCCCUUACAACACCAAAUAAACAACUCCUCAACAGAAAAUGAGUGAAAACCUGGGCUUUCCAGAUUAUUUUACAUCCUGUUAAUAUAAACUCAAUGAUAGAGUGUUGAAGUAUCCUUGCAGCAGGGGUAAAAAAGUUGGCCCCGUUAAGACUCGGAGUCUGAGAAUCUGUCAGCGGUAGCACGCAACUAUAACGUGUAUAACAGUAAAGGUGCUAUGCAUGACAGUCAGCUUAUAUUCAAGAUGAAAUAGCUCUGCAGAAUUCGAUAGUUCCUCUGAAAAUGUUUCUCAGAGGAGUCUAGCCGCCUUAAUCAAAUACGGCAUUGACUGAGUGGAAGUUAACACUUUUGACUCCAUUCUAAAUCUAAGAGGUCAAAGUGUAGCUGGUUAGCCUGGCCUCAUUAGCUCCUGCUGGUAAAUGUCACAUCUACACCAUGCGGCUGCAGAAGCACCUUUCUCAAUUGACGGCCAUUCAAAAAAAGCUGUAUAUUCUAAUGGAAUAAAAAAAAAAAUUAAAACACAGAUCUUUUAUUAUAUUAAAGUAGGUAUUUUACCAGGAUUUUUAAAGUGUAAAACUUGCAAACAGUCUUUUGUAACAGUGCAGGACAGUCACUAGUAGUGGAUUUGGGACUGUGCAUGUAUUCUCAUCCGAAGAUGUCAUCUAACUGACGCUUUUGACCAUACGCCAACAUCCAACG